GGUCUAUUCUCUGCGAGUGGAGGAUUAAACGGAGACAAGCGUGAUGACAGCAUCCAGCACAUAGACGCCCCCCUCCUCCUCCUCCUCCACCUUUAACAUCAUCAUCCUCGCCCGGCCGGACGCCGCGGAUAUUUUCCGGGUGUGGAAACGGUCGCGACUGAACCCUCCGUUGGACUCCACGGUCCUUCCGUGUGCCUCCCCUUCCAACCACGAGGUGGCUCCACCAGACUGGGACUGAUGAUCACGAGGGUCCCCCUCCACCUCCUUUCAGCCAAUCCUGGAGGGGCUGCAGAGUGGAUGUCUCAGAGGUGGAGUGGAUGUUUGUGUUGUGGCGUCCUGAAGAGGCAAGCUUCAUCGCGAUAAAUGGAGGAGAAGGAGCGAUGUCGGAGCAGGUCUCCAGCGAGGAGGGCAAGCAGAGUGCAGCAGGUGGUGGGAACCAUAAUACGUCGCACGAGAGAAUCACUGAGCAGAGAGCGGUUGCUAGGAGAUGGGAGGUCGCAACGCUCCAACAGCCUGUCCAAUCAGAAUUACCAAGCCAAGCUGUCCCUGCAGAUUACCAGGGAUCCUGUCCUGGACCGCAGUACUGGACACGGCUUCAUCCUCACCACAAACCCGCCCCUGCUGGUCAGGGAUGUGGCCACAGGGAGUCCUGCAGAUGGCAUACUCUACCCUGGGGACCAGGUGUUGCAGAUUAAUGAUACAGCGUUGGAGGAUUUGAACGCUGAUCAGAUAGAAAACAUCUUAAGGGACCUGGAGGAUUGUAUAACCGUGACCAUCCUCCGGCACAUGACUAAUCCCAAAUCAUCUAUCAUGUCAGCAGAGAAGAGAGCUCGUCUGAGGAGUAAUCCAGUUAAAGUGCGCUUUGCAGAAGAGGUAGUGGUCAAUGGGCACACUCAGGGAAACUCUCUUCUCUUCCUGCCCAACGUUCUAAAAGUUUAUUUAGAGAACGGACAGACCAAGGCCUUCAAGUUCGACCACACUACUACUGUUAAGGAUAUUGUUCUGACUCUGAAGGAUAAACUGUCCAUCCGGGCCAUCGAGUACUUUGCCCUGGUGCUGGAGCAACAGUACAGCAUCACCAAGCUUCUGCUGCUGCAUGAAGACGAGCUCAUUCAGAGGGUGGUGCAGAAAAAGGACUCCCAUGAUUAUAGAUGUCUGUUCCGAGUGUGUUUCAUUCCAAGAGAUCCUAUGGACCUGCAGCAGGAUGACUCCUUUGCCUUCGAGUACCUCUUUUUACAGAGUGUUGGCGACGUACUACAGGAGCGCUUUGCUGUUGAGAUGAAGUGUAACACGGCACUUCGUCUGGCUGCCCUGCACAUGCACGAGAGACUGGAUAGCUGCGGACUGACCAGGACCUCCAUUAAAGCCAUUACGAAAGAGUUUGGCCUCGACAGCUUCAUUUCUCCGACGCUGUUGAGCAAUAUGAGGGAGAAGGACCUGCGGAAAGCCAUCAGCUACCACCUCAAAAAGAUCCAGUCCCUGCUUGAGCCACGGCAGAAGGUAAUAUCUGCUUCCCAGGCCCGGCUAGCGUACCUCACUCAGCUGGGAGAGCUCAUUUCAUAUGGGGGGAGAUCCUACUCGGCUACGAUGAUGCUUCAGGAGAGGGAGGUGUUGGUCAGCCUGUUAGUGGGAGCCAAGUAUGGGAUGAGUCAGGUCAUCAACCACAAGCUCAACGUGAUCUCCACACUGGUGGAGUUCAGCAGCAUCAGCCGGGUGGAGUUGCUCUCCGAGUCGGACAAAGUCAGUCUCCUGCGCAUCUCACUGCACGACAUGAAGCCGUUUGCCUUACUGAUGGACUCUCUGGCAGCCAAAGACCUAGCAUGUCUGCUGGGAGGCUACUGCAAACUCCUGGUGGACCCCAGUCUCAGUGUCUUCCGCAUGGGGCGCCCCAAAGUGAGGGUGCACCGUAUUCCAGCUGAAGAAGGUGUGUGGGGGAAGUUCGCCGUAGUAGAGGGCGUGUGCUAUGAAUCCCUAUCAAGAUACGUGUCCCGCUGCUGUAGUGACUUGGAUGACUCGACCGACGAGGACGACCCGAUGGACUCGCAGAAUUACAAACACACAGACCCAGCAAGUCAAGACUGGGAGGAGAGACGGCGAGAGGAGCAGGAGAAGAGGAGAGAAGAGGAUAGGAAAGAGAGAGAGGAGCACAAAGGCAAGCAGGAAGUGAAGAUAAUUGUGACCACGGACGGUAAGGACUACGAGGGAGAAGAGGACGGAGGUGCAACUGGAAGUGGCCUGCGUAAAUUGAGUGUGAUGGACGAGGAGAUGAAUUUAAAGACCACCUGGUACCACACUGAUCCACGGGUCACCAGCAGCUUUUCCAGCUUGUCCAGCAGCUCGUUGAGUGCUGCUCUCGAUGAGAAACCCCCUCAUUGUCUCGAAGCAUCACAACCUUCAGAUGCUCACCAACCCUAUCUGCUGGAACCAAAACGCUACCAAGGCCCGUCACGACCGACCAAUCUCAACUACAGGACCAAUGACAACGCGUGUCUCUGCUUUGCUGAUCUCUCUAAAGCCAGUUUCCUCUCAAGCCCGUCUGGGGCUACGAGUGAUGAUGAUGAGGACGAGGAGGAUGAGGAGGAAGAGCAGGGAAGGGAGGUACUGAGACGCAUUUCUAAGAUCCCCAGUUCGAGAGAUCUCCGAAUGAUUGACAGCACGCCUUUUGACACAACGCCUAUUAAACGAAAGAAGAAAACCCCUCCCAAAGUCCCGGUGAGAACCAGUUCCAUUCCUGGCCACAAAGCACGACAGGCAGAGCAGCGCCUCUCCAAGGAUGAAGAGUGUCUCUUCCAAACUCCUUCACCCAACCUCAAAACAGAUCUCUCGGUCAAAGAGAAUGCAUCCGAGUCGGAGGAAGAGUUUUUUGAUGCACAGGAGAGAUUCACUCCUCCAGUUCCUGAUCUUUCAGACGUAGAGCUGGCCGACCGGCGGAACGCUAACCGGUUGAGCGGAACGUGGAAUUCUCUUCCAGCUGCCGCGGGAAAAGAGCCAUCCUCACCCCUUUCCAAAAAGAUGCAACCUUGUAAAAUCAAGAAAGAGGAUCUAAAAGGUCCCACAAAUAUAGUUAACCACCUUGUCGGCAAAACAAAAGCUGCUGAGAAACAUGACGUUAAAUCCAAACCACCAUUAGCACCUAAACCCCAGCUGCCUCCCAAGCCUCAGAUUAUACCACCCAAGUCUCCAAAGCGUGGGAAAUCAUACGCCCACUGCAAUGGGGACACCUCUGGACAUAUGUCUUCCAACCUCUUGGAGAUGGAGCCGGACACUAUGGAGUUCAAGUCGGUCACAUACGGUACGGGUGGGUUACCUCUGAUCACAGCAGUGCGAUGUAGCAAGCAGCCAUUACCCAUCACUGCGCUACAAACUGAGGAAAAGGGGAGACCGCCAAAUGAGAAUGGAGGACAUGGGAUCCCUGCAAAAACGCCACCAAAUGUACCCACUAUCCCUCGCUCUAAUUCUGGUACAAAGUUGUCUACCCCUCCUCCAGUACCACCUAAACCUACUUCUCCAAAGAUUUUCCACCCUUUAUCAUUACCCGCUAGCUCUCCAGUCUCCCCAACGGAACCGAACAAAGGCGUCUUUACAGACAGCACAAGUCCACCAAAUGGUACUCACCCUUGGAGCAGCCGCAAUGGCAGCGUCCAGUCGGGUCACAGGAGGGUCUCGGUGAGCCACGAAAGCCUGUCACCCAAAAACACAGAAACAUCAAUUGCCACUUCGCUCACCUCAAGCAACUCCAAAGGCCAGGCGAGUAGAGAAGAGAACAGAUCUGGGUCUGGCUCAGAUCUGAGGUUCAGCUCUUCCAGCCUCGGUGGCCGGCUGCCGGCCUCUGCCCUGAGAGGGAAGAUCCAGGCUCUUCCUUGGUACAUGACUCGCUCCCAGGAGAUUUUAGGGACCCUGGACUAUCCGUCCACCAGCUCUAUAAACGGAGACACAUCUGGGUUUGGCUCUGGUUUGUCAGUAGCAAGCGGUAUGUCCGACAUAAACAAGACCCCUGUGAAAGACAAAGAAACAGUGGCCUCAAAAUCAGGCGGUAGAGGGAAUAUAUUAGAGGAUGGAGCUGAGGUUGUCAUAGCAACCAUUAAGGAGGCUGAGGAAUUGAGCUCAUACUUGAGAAAGGUCAACGGGACCAACGGAUCACAUCCUAAUCUGAAUUUCACAGGGAACAGUUCGCACGGUGUUUCAUCUGAACAGCCUCAGUCGCGGUGCCACUCGGCAGUGGGGAUGGGGGGCAUUUCGAACAUGCAGCUCGGGGGGGACUCACCGACACCUUCCCUCGAGGACGGCACCCCUCCGCAGCAGCCCUGUGGCUGCCGUACCGUCUACGCCAACUGCUUCAGCGGCGACACUGAGGAUGGCAUCAGCUUCGACGAGGAGUUGACCGUCUACGAGUUCUCCCGUCGCACGCGUCCAAAGACGGCGAGACCCCCUCCCGUCCCUUCACCCACCAUACCCCCUCAAAAUCCCAACAUCUUGUCUCUGCUAAAGGACAACCCUCGCCCACUGUCUACCUUCUCCACUGCCUCUUCUGAGCUCAGUCCCUUGGUCUCGUGUCCUGUGUCUCCCACAACCUCGCUUGGGGGUCCUCUUCGCUCCCUCACCAACAAGAACUACGGCGGCCUGAAAGGAGGUUUUUCCUCCCUGCGACAUGAUAUAGAUCAGCUUUUGUUGGUCUUAGAGAGGGCGCUACCCGAGCACACAAACAAGAUGGAAGCCGACCAGAAUCACAACGGAUCUGAUGGCAACGGUACGGAAACAUGUUGCAUGGGAUCGAGCCCCACCAGCAUGACGGAGGCUGAGAGGACUCUUCUCCAAGCGGAGGCUCGACGCCUGGCGUCCGGGUGUCAGCGGGCUACUCGUGUAGGCUGGGCUCCCGACGAAGCCCUGCGGUCUUUAUCUAACAGCUUCGGCGCGUUGGUUCAGCUCUCAGCAGCUUGCAUGCGGACCAGUCCGUGCCCUGGUUGCGACGGCUGCCGUAACGCAAGCUUGGUUCUCACGAGGGACCAGGGCGACGACAACCAGGAGCCCAUGGACAAGUUGAAAGAAAUCGUGGCUCUGUACCGUGAGUUCGUCGGGGCUGUGGAGACAGCCGGAACCGGGGGUAGGAGCUUGGGCCUAAACGGGUCUGGACAGAGCCAAGGAGAAGGUGACGGCGUGAGGCUGCUCGCCAAACGCUGCACUGUACUUAUUUCGUCCGUCUUUGCGCUCACACAACUCUUCCGGACGCCCACAUUAGUCGCCCCUGAUACUCCCAGUGGUGUACCUCUCAACUUUUAAGCCAACUUUUAAAAACUUCAGAGGUGCGAGAGGAGUUAUGCGGAUGGUUUGUACAGUAAGUGCCAUGCACAGCACUUGACACAUAUCUACAUAACCCCGCCCACAAAACCCGAAAUGACAGAGAGGAAACUUUGCCCGGCCUCUUUGUAGAUGCAUACGUACUAUGCAUUUGUACAUAGGAGUUUUAUAACUCUUAUAUUUCCCUUAUUUUAUUACAAUAUGUAUGUAAGGAUGGAUUGCCCGUGUAUGUAUUUAUGUAUUUAUUUUUUACAACAUUUGCACCGUGGUCUAUGAUGUUCAGGUCUCUGGUGGUUAAAAAAAAAAAAGAAGAAAAAAAUCUUUCGAUGUCACUGGAAUUUUAAUUUUUCCUUGUCUUGAAGACAGUAUUAUGUUAGCAUCUGCUGCUUUGAAGAUUCCUCCACUACUCUACAAGGUGUAAUCUGUACAUCAGGGGUGCCCAAUACGUUGAUCGUGAGCUACCGGUCGAUGGUGGAGGGUGUGUCAGUCCAUCGCCGGCCAGGCAUUAAAUAAACAGACCUAAAAAUUAGCGAUCAAGAAUCGUCACUAAGACAUCACUUGAUUGACAUUCACUGCACCCGAGGGUCUUGUGAGAUGACGCUGGGUGCUGCCAGAUCAUUUUUAGGAAAAAAUGACCGACAGGAAGGCGAAAAACACUUUUUAUUUCAACAGACUCUGGCGCCGUACCUGCCGUCGAAACUCUAAAGACCGACCGCACAGUUCCUGUCUUCACAAUAAAAGCGCUGCUUCAUCCUGCCUGUGCUAACAAAAUAAGAGUCUCAGAAAGCUGGCGCGCACUAGCGAGCGAGCUACGGAGUUUGCCGCCAAUGUAUUUCUUGUAAAGUUUAUAAAAAGGAGUAUGGAAGCUGGACAAAUAAGACGCCAAAACCAACCACUUUCAUGUGCUAUUGGACAGAAAGGAGGACUUUCUUUCUCCUCCGUUUGAAAAUGUGGACGUUAUCAUCACUAACUGUCUGAUUCCUGUCAAUGCAAGUCAUCACAAUCAGGUCAUACACCAACAAGUCAUCACAAUCAGGUCAUACACCAACAAGUCAUCACAAUCAGGUAAUACACCAACAAGUCAUCACAAUCAGGUCAUACACCAACAAGUCAUCACAAUCAGGUCAUACACCAACAAGUCAUCACAAUCAGGUCAUACACCAACAAGUCAUCACAAUCAGGUCAUACACCAACUUAUAUUCUUGUCUUCAGGAAAGAAAGGAAUCUAUAUGUGUUAAACAUGCUUGUAUUAUCAGCAAAAAGUUAAAGUUAAAGUACCCAUGAUUGUCACACACACACUAGGUGUGGCGAAAUUAUUCCCUGCAUUUGACCCAUCACCCUUGAUCACCCCCUGGGAGGUGAGGGGAGCAGUGAGCAGCAGCGGUGGCCACGCCCGGGAAUCAUUUUUGGUGAUUUAACCCCCAAUUCCAACCCUUGAUGCUGAGUGCCAAGCAGGGAGGUAAUGGCUCCCAUUUUUAUAGUCUUUGGUAUGACUCGGCCGGGGUUUGAACUCACAACCUACCCAUCACAGGGCGGACACUCUAACCACUAGGCUAAACACCUUUAACUUGUUAACAAAAACGUCUCUUUCAUAAAUAAAAUAAAUGAUACAUAUGAAUGAGGUAGAUCAAUCAAUCAAUCAAUGUUUAUAUAUAUAUAGCCCUAAAUCACAAGUGUCUCAAAGGGCUGCACAAGCCACAAGGACUUCCACGGCGGUACAGAGCCCACAUAAGGGCAAGGAAAAACUCACAACCCCAAUGGGACGUCGAUGUGAAUGACUAUGAGAAACCUUGGAGAGGACCGCAUAUGUGGGUGAGAGUCCAGUCCAUAGUGGAUCUAACAUAAUAGUGAGAGUCC